UUAUUUAAUUGCAUUCCAUAACAUGUUUGUUACAGUUCACAUAAAAAAAAAGAAAAAGAAAUGACUAUGUAAUUCAGACAGACAGUAAAAAGUCUUGAUAUUCUUUAUUCCUCUUUACUGUUGUUUUAAUGGCUAACGCUGAUUACUUGCAAAUCUGAAAGUAUUGUCAUAUCGUAUUAUCACUUGUAAAUGAGCUAAAAUGCAACGCUAGUUCCAGGACACAUCUGUUUCUAAUGCAUGUCAAAUCUCUUGCUUUUUAGCUGUAAAGCCUUCGGUGCUCAGAGACUCAGAUGGAGCGCACAGUUACUGAAGACACCGAGGCCGUGUUAUCAUUACAAGAGCAUCUGAGCUCAAGCACGGCUCAUUUAGCAAAGAGAAGAGAGUCCAGCGACGCUCGUCCUCGGCGUGAUCAGACUCCUCAGCCAUCAGAUGCUGAUUCUCUGCUGAAGCUGAUGGAAACUUCUCCAGCAUCUGUUGGAGAGCUUGAGGAAAGCCAUCAGGGGCUUCAUCCUGGACCCUCGGUCGUAUCAGACGCCCUUCGUUCUUCAUCUUCGGCGCACAUUACAAACACCCGCCAUCCUCCACAUCUUCAACCAAGCCUUCAUUUCCCAACAUCAGUGCAGAAACACAACGUCAAGCCAGUGCCUCUGUUUGCAGACGUUAACCCGUCGUUUCUCGUCCAUCCUCACGCAAUGCCUUCGUGGCCUGUUCUAGUUCCUCACCUGAGUGCCUCGGCGUCCCGUCACCAGCCCUUCUGCCCCGUCUACACACCUCUGCCGUGUAAGGCCAGCUUCAGGGCUGUAGUGGCGUGUGAAGAUCCGAUCCGGACGCAUGCAGACGGCUCUGCUCCGGACGUCCAGGGCUGCUUCAGACGGCGGCAGAGGCUCUUCUGCUCCGCUCGAUCAGACGCCGAGGCUCUGGCCUGCUUCUUCACAUGUGUUGUGUUGUGUGUCAGAAGCGUAGUUCCCGCUCCAGAUCUGCCGCUCUCCUCCGCUCAGGACUGGAGGAACACCUCAGACUCUCAACGCCAGCAAUAUUACACCGCCGCACAGAUGUUCACUGAGACGGAGGAACAGCACAAGAACGCCAACAGAGCAGACAGAAAUCACAAAGGUCGCCGUCCGCAGCACAGCUCCGGGAAAGUGAAGAAAACAGCUAAAAGAUGUAAAAAGGAGCCGCUGCUUCAGGAUCUCGCCGAGAGCGCGCUGACCGAAUACUCACAGGUCAUGGACUCUCUGGAGUCAAAGGUCACCGAAGGGUCAGAGGUCACGGAUGAGGAGGAUGUGUGUGCGCUGUUCCUCAACCAGAUGCUCAACGACAGCGAGUCUAUGACUGAGGCUGGUUUUGACAUGGACUACAUCAACUCUCUGCUCUCCUCAGACCAAAACAUCUCAGACGUCUUGAAGGAUAAUCCCGAGCCAGUCGCUGGAUGCUCAGACUGGACUCCCUCCACGGUUUCUGAAGCUCAGAGUUUGCCUCCGUCUGCAAUCCAACUUGAUUUAAGCCCCUUUAAUGGCACAAAUCUCCUCUUAUCUGAAGAUCCCAUGAUGGAGAACAAAUUAGCGCCAUUUCAGGAUAACGUCAAAGACCAAACUGUGUUUCAAAUGUUUACUGAACCCCUGCUAGCGAAUCCCGAGAGCCAAAGUUCCCAAACGGAUCUUAACGCUUCAGUCCAAGAAACUCUUCAUCUUGAUCUUCAAGACUUUGGUCCAGAAGCUGAUGGAAACCUAAAACACAAGACUUUGUAUGUUGAUGAACUUAAUUCUGCCACUCAAUCCAACUGCUUCAGUCUUCAAAACUACAAAUCCCAUCAUGCAUCAUUCCCUCAUUCCGUAAAACAUGGCCCAGAACCACUAGAAGCCCUUGUGAAUGGAGAGGAAAUCACGGUAGUCAGACCAAAAACAGAGAAAUAUAUGAACGUAGGAAGUGCAAAAGGCAACAAUAAAAUGGAUUUAGACAUUCCCGACGAUUCCCAGAGAACGAGAAAAGAUUGUAAUAAACAGACGAACCUGAAGGAAUCACUCAAGAUUGACCAAAUAGAGGAAAAUAAUGUUAAAAAUAAAAGUAAAAAACACAGGAGACAACAUAGAAGACAAAAGAUCACACUUCCCGUCAUGAGAACUUCAUCUAAAUUGGACGAUAAAGAUGAAAGACGACUGAAAACAAUUAAAUAUCAGACUCAACGAAAAUCCGCAAACGCAACGAAACAUGAAGCGAGUGAACAAGAAACUGAUUUAAUCAAAAUUAACAUGAAAAGAGUAGAAUUACAGAACAUAAGCGAGGCGACGUCCUCAGCGAUGGAAGGAAGGCGCGCAAGCUUACGCCAACAGGUCAGGAAAAUUAGAGACGAACAUUUGGACGAUGAAUUCGAGAGACGUCAAAGGCGGUUAAAGAUGGGCGGACGAGUUGGAAACCAACGAACAAUAAAAACUGAAAGAGACGGCGCAAAAACAUACCAAUGUUCUGAAGGAGGACGUCCGAAAAAACAAGGAAACUUGUCGGUCGAAGAGGAUCGUGGUGAUUUUCGUCGCAAGACAGAAGCGCAUCAACGAUUACGAAGAGAGACGCGACCAAAACGCAACGUAAAAGUGACAAACGUUUCAGAAAAGGUGUAUGAAAUGAGCACUUGAGGCAAAAUAAACUACAUAAACAAACCACAA